GAAAAGGUCCCAGUUAUUUGUAUCCAUAGGGGUUCUUACAGCGCGCCGGUGGCAAUAAUAACGCUAAUCUUUAGCGUUACGUUUUCCCGUUAACCGUAUUUAAUGGGCUUUUAUUCGGAUACCCCAUAGUAUUAUUAGCCACUGGGUUUUAUUUUACACUUGAUUGCAGGAUGUCAUACCCUCCUCCGCUCAACCGCCAGCAGAUUGGUAUCCCGCAGUUGCCCCCCAGGAUCCCACCCCCUCAGUAUGCGGGGUUUGCCCAGGCUGUCCCGCCAGGUACUCCCAUGAUGCCGGUUCAUAUGGGUGUUGUGACCCCCACACCCACAGUUCUCGUCCCGACCUCAGUUGCUGUAGCACACAAGCCGAUGCUUCCGAAGAAGGAGCCGACCAUGAGAGCCAAGGACUCCGACGACAGCGGCGGCCCCACCACCACGGUGUUUGUAGGGAACAUCUCUGAAAAGGCGUCUGACAUGUUGGUCAGACAGCUUCUAGCAAAAUGUGGAAUUGUUCUCAGCUGGAAAAGGGUCCAAGGUGCCUCUGGGAAACUUCAAGCGUUUGGGUUCUGCGAGUAUAAGGAGCCUGAGUCCACACUGCGAGCCCUCAGACUUCUGCACGAGUUGCUCUUAGGGGAUAAGAAGCUGCUGGUGAAGGUCGAUGCCAAAACCAAAGCCCAGCUCGACGAGUGGAAGGCCAAGAAGAGGAGCGCUAAUGGGGGAGCCGGCGCUGGGUCAAAGAACGGGGACGACGACGACGAGGAGGUUCUCGAUGAAGAAACGUUGCGUCGGGAUCAGGUGGUGAAGGGCGCGAUAGAAGUCCUCAUCCGAGAGUACGCAAGUGAGCUCAACGCUCCCUCGCAGGACCCCGACAGUCAGCCUCGCAACAAGAAGCGGAAAGAGAAGAAGGAGGAGGAGGAUAUCAAUGCCAUGGAGAUGGAGGACGACAAGAGAGACUUGAUUUCCAGAGAGAUCAGUAAAUUCCGCGACACACACAAGAAACUAGAGGAGGAAAAGGGAAAGAAAGAAAAGGAGCGACUGGAGAUCGAGAGGGAGAGGAGAGAGAGGGACAAAGAGCGGGAGCGCGAAAGGGAGCGCCGCGACCGAGAGAAAGAGAAGGAGAGGGAGAGAGAGAGGGACAAGGAGCGGGAACGAGACCGAGAUCGCGACCGCGAACGGGAGAGAGAUCGCGAACGCGAGAGGACGAAGGAGCGAGAGAGGGAGCGGGAGAGGGAGAGGAGUCGAGAUGUCAGUGAAGAUCGCAGCAGAUCGAGGUCAGUGGGAGGCGAGAGGUCCGACGCACCUUGUGAUGUCAAAGCAUCCUGUUCACAUAAAACACUGAUUAAUAGAAGGACACACUCCUCACAUACACACUCAGUCUUUAACUCGUGAACGAUCUUGUGCAGAGAGAGAACUCGAGAAGAUAAAAAACGAGACCGCGAGGAAGAUGAGGAGGACGUGUACGAGCGGAGGAGACUCGAGAGGAGGCUCAGAGACAAGGAGGCGGCGUACCAGGAACGCCUGAAGAACUGGGAGAUCCGUGAGAGGAAGAAGGCUCGUGACUACAGCAAAGAAACGGAGCGCGAGGACGAGAGGCGUCGUGAAAUGAUGAAAGAAGCCAAGAGGCUGAAAGAGUUCCUGGAAGAUUACGACGACGACAGAGACGACCCGAAGUACUACAGGGGCAGCGCUUUGCAGAAGCGACUUCGUGACCGAGAAAAGGAGACGGAAUUGGACGAGCGAGACCGGAAGAGGGAGAAGGAGGAGCUGGAGGAGAUCAGACAGAGGCUUCUGGCUGAAGGUCACCCCGACCCUGACGCAGAGCUGCAGAGGAUGGAGGAGGAAGCAGAGCGCAGGCGACAGCCGCCUCUGAAGCUUGAGCCCGAAGAGGACGCGCACCAGGAGAAGGCUCACAAAGAUCGGGAUCGGGAGAAGAGAGGGUCGGGUAGACCCGCCGAGCCGAUUCCUCGAGCCCCCCCGCAGCAUUCGGAAGAUGAUGAAGAGGAAGCGACGGAGGAGGACUUCCACGAUGGCGAGGACUCGCAAGAGGACAAGCCGCAACUCAAACCCAUCAUGCGACCGAUCACCACGGCUCCCUCGGUGUCCUCCGCCAGUGGGAACGCCACUCCAAACACGCCCGGCAACGAAUCUCCCUGCGGCAUCAUCAUUCCAGGAGAGAACACUCCAGAGGUCCAACCGCCGGAGGAACACCGGCCCAAGAUCGGGGUCAGUCUCAAACUGGGUGCCACCAACAGUCCCAGCCAACUCAACGUUGGAAAGCGAAAGAAACUGGCGACCGUGGAAAGUGUUUUCAACAAGUUUGAUGAUGAGGAGGCCGACGAGCAGCCUCGCAAAAGGAAACUGGUUCCACUGGACUACGGGGAUGACGACAAGAGUCUGGGGCUGGACGGAGCGGAGAUCCCAGGAGCCAAAGGGAGCGUCAACACGGAGGAGAAACGCAAACACAUAAAGAGCCUCAUAGAGAAGAUCCCCACCGCCAGGCCAGAGCUCUUCAACUACCCUCUGGACUGGACCAUGGUGGACUCGACUCUGAUGGAUCGUCGUAUUAAACCCUGGAUCAAUAAGAAGAUUAUCGAAUACAUCGGCGAGGAGGAACCGACGCUGGUGGACUUUGUCUGUUCAAAGGUGAUGGCACACAGCACCCCUCAGGGGAUUCUGGAUGAUGUUGCGAUGGUCCUUGAUGAAGAAGCAGAAGUCUUCAUAGUAAAGAUGUGGAGGCUGUUGAUCUAUGAAACGGAAGCAAAGAAGAUCGGACUUGUGAAGUGAAGAACGCGUCUCCGUCUGACUUCUUAAAUCUCAGUUCUGCCACCGACACUUUUGUGGCCCGGCAGACUGUAAACAUGAAACCCUCCAUUCCAUCAGCAAGGAGCUGCUGCCUUGUGUGUGUGUGUGUGUGUGUGUGUGUGUGUGUGUGUGUGUGUGUGUGUGUGUGUGUGUGUGUGUGUGUGUGCGCGUUUGGAAGGGAAAGUCUGCCAACAGAAAGGGUUUGCACAAACUUAGUGCAUGAUAAAACUUUGGUUGUAUUGUUUUCCUUUAGUUGAGGCUGUUUGAGGCGAACGACAGCCGUCUGUUCUCCAACACGUCGGACUCAUCCUGCUUUGAUUCACUGUUGUCACGUUGAGGCGCUGCUCCAUCUAUGUGAACUAGUAAUAAAUGUUUUUUUUAGAAAA